AGUAGUAGCAGCAUCUACAGAGAAGAGACGUAGCCAUGCUCAUCCUCACAGAGACAGCAGCAGGCUAUGCCUUGUUCCAGGCCAAGGACAAGCUCCUCAAAAAGGACAUCAAGGCCGAACUCUCAACGGCCACCAAGACGGCGGAGCACUUGAAAUUGCAGGCCUUUAAGAAGUUUGAAAACACGGCUGAUGCGUUGGACAACGUCAGUGCGAUCGUUGAGGGUAAAGUGACGCCUGCGUUGGCCGCGAUGCUGUCGGAAGUGAGCGAUAGCAAGACUUCCCUCGUUGUGGCCGAUGCGAAGCUCGGUAAUGCCAUCAAUAAGAUGGAGGGUCUGCAGUUCAACUUGAUUGCAGACAGCAACUCGGCAGACCUUUAUCGUGCCAUUCGAGAGCACAUGUCGUCCCUUGUGACGGGUCUGUCGAGCCAAGACUUGAACACCAUGUCACUGGGUCUUUCACAUUCAUUGUCGAGGCACAAGCUCAAAUUCUCACCAGACAAGGUCGAUACCAUGAUUGUACAAGCGAUUGCGUUGCUGGAUGACUUGGACAAGGAGCUCAACACGUAUGCAAUGCGUGUCAAGGAGUGGUAUGGUUGGCAUUUCCCGGAAAUGGCACGCAUCAUCCAGGACAAUAUGGCAUAUGCCCGUGUCAUUCUCAAGAUGGGUAUGCGUACAUCGUGUGGUGCAACAGAUUUCAGCGAUACGCUACCAGAAGAGCUUGAGCAGCAACUCAAAGUAGCAGCUGAGAUCUCCAUGGGUACGGAAAUCACAGAGGAAGAUUUGGAGAAUAUUGCCAUGCUGGCUGAUCAAGUCUUGUCCUUGAGCGAGUACCGCAUUCAGCUCAGCGAGUACUUGAAGAAUCGCAUGAACGCCAUUGCUCCCAACUUGACGGUUCUUGUGGGUGAGUUGGUGGGUGCACGUCUUAUUUCCCAUGCAGGAUCCCUCAUGAACCUCGCGAAACACCCCGCCUCCACCAUUCAGAUUCUCGGUGCUGAAAAGGCACUGUUCCGUGCAUUGAAGACAAAGCACGAUACACCCAAGUAUGGUUUGAUUUACCAUGCCUCCCUCAUUGGCCAAGCGAGCACAAAGUCCAAAGGUAAGAUUGCUCGGAUGCUUGCUACAAAAGCGGCACUCGGACUUCGUGUCGAUGCACUCGCUGAAACAGAUGGCUGUGAGCUUGGUCUUGAGCUUCGCAGUAAAGUGGAGAGCCGGUUGCGGACGUUGGAUGGCAUCAAGGGUUCCAUUGCGGAGAAUGGACAGAUUGGCAGGUCGAAGCAGCAAGGGAAACACGCAAUUGCUGCUGGACCUGGCUACAGUACCAGUACGGAUGCUGUGUCUGUCACUGCUCCAACGGAUCCUGUGACCAAAUCGAAGAAGCGCAAGGAGAUUGAGAUGGAGGAGACAGAAGAUGCCGUCAUGGAGGAUGUUGCUACUGCUGGUGCAGAAGAGAGCAAAGAGGCUCGCAAGCUGCGCAAAGAGCAGGAAAAGGCAGCCAAGAAGGAGAAGAAGAGUAAGAAGGCCAAGGUCGUGGAUGAGGCUGAGAAGGCUGUUGAGGAGACUGAGGAGGAGCGCAAAGCGAGACGGAAGGCUGAGAAGAAGGCCAAGAAGGAGAAGAAGUAGUUGUGCUGUCUAUACCGGCUCAUCCUUGUUACAAUCUACAUCUAUCUAUUGCAUUUCACAA